CGACAGCGUUUGGCUUCCCUGGAAAUAUACUUUUCCUCCAUCAGUAGGUGCUCUGGCCAAAACCUUUCCUCGGUUACCAAAAAUCCCUCUUUGCUGUUUACCGUCAAAGGCUCCGCCAUAGCAUCUCCGUUCAGAUCAAAAUUAUCCAUUAUAAAUGGGGAGUAAAGGUCGACUUCCACCUCCUCAUCUAAGGCGUCCUCUUCCUGGGCCGGGUAUGGUGCACCCUGAUCCAUUUGUUCCUGGAGUCCGCCCUCCUCUUGGCCCCUUUCCUCCAUUUGACAUAUUACCACCUCCGGAAGUUAUGGAACAAAAGAUUGCUGCACAACAUCUGGAGAUGCAAAGACUUGCAACAGAGAACCAGAGGCUGGCUGCCACACAUGGAAACUUGAGACAGGAACUUGCUGCUGCACAGCAUGAAUUGCAGAUAUUACAUGCUCACACAGGUGCCAUCAAGUCUGAAAGAGAACAGCAGAUGAGGAGCCUUGUGGAUAAAAUUGCCAAGAUGGAAUCGGAGUUAAAGGCUGCAGAGCCUGUUAGGUUGGAGUUGCAGCAGGCACGGGCGGAGGCUGAUAACUUAGUUGUGGCAAGGCAGGAACUUAUGUCUAAAGUACAUCAGUUGACUCAGGAUCUUCAUAGAGCCCAUGCAGAUGUGCAGCAAAUUCCUGUUCUGAUGUCAGAACUUGAAAGCCUUAGGCAGGAAUAUCAGCGAUGCAGGGUUUCUUACGACUAUGAAAAGAAAUUGUUCAGUGACCAUCUGGACUCACUUCAGGCCAUGGAGAAAAACUAUGUGACGAUGGCUAGGGAAGUGGAAAAGCUUCGUUUAGAACUUACUAACACAGCAAAUGUUGAUCUAAGAACUGCUGCUGGCGGGCCUUAUGGCAGUGCGCCAGGGAACAAUGAGAAUGAGGCUUCUGGUCGACCUGUCGGACAAAAUAUAUAUGAAGAUAGCUACGGUGUUCCCCAAGGCCAGGGACAUGCUGCCAUUCCUGGUAAUUCUGGUGCCGGUGCUGCCAAUGCUAGUACUGUUGCUAAUGCUGGUGCUGGGACGCCCACUUAUGCUGGUGCUCAAUCUGGCUCUGUGGCUCCAAGAUCUGCUUAUGAUGCACCCAGAGGCCCAGGUUAUGAGGGGUCCAAAGGACCAGGCUAUGAUCCAUCCAGAGGACCUGGAUAUGAUGUACCAAGAGGAGCUGGCUACGAUGCACAAAGGGGACAUAGUUAUGACCCUCAGAGAGGACCUGGAUAUGGAGGACCUACUUAUGAUCCACAAAGGCUGCCUGGUUAUGAUGCACAGAGACUACCUGGCUAUGACGUCCAGAGAGGACCUGCAUAUGGAGUGCAAAGAGGACCUCAUUAUGAUGCAUCAAGGGGUGGUGGCUAUGAUCCAACUUCAAGAGCACCAGCUGGGCCACAUGGACAAAUGGCAGCUGCAAGCAAUGUGCCUUAUGGAUCUGGAACACCACCUGGAAGUGGUUAUGAGGCACCAGCUCGAGGCGGAAACAACCCUGUUAGGAGAUAAGCACUUAGACAACGCAGUUGAAAUGAAAUCCAAGGAAUAUUACUGUAGGGUAUCUUUUUCAUUUUCAUAAUCUAGUCGGCUUCUUGCGGCUGCACUCUUUGGUAGAUCGCUGCAUAACUUUGAGCGCCCUUUUCCCCCAAUAACCCAAUCAUGUUGUUGUGGGUUACAUUAACUUCCCAGUUGUAUUGGCUAUUCACAUCAGGUGUUUAUUACUUACUUUCUUUGGAUACUCCUGGGCAAUUUUGCUAUGCCAACUAACGUGCUUCUGUAGCUGGUAUGACUUGUGAGGUUAUUAAUGGAGUUGGAGAUUAUCUGAAAGAUAAAUUUGUAUUGACAGGAAUUUGAAACAUGAAAUUAUUGUUGCUAAA